CUCACGCGCGCGCCACUCAUCACCGCUCGGCUCUCCACCACACCUCUGGCCACGAUUUGUGUGAACAACUUUCUCAUCAAACCCUCUCCACGACAGCACUGCCUCUCUAUCGGCGCCAUCGAUCAGACAGCGCACCGUAAAGAGUCGGCACAACUUAUUAUCCUUACCGGCGGGUCUCGACCAGAGCUCACGCCGCCGACAGACAUAUGGCUCUGCGGUUACCCGAAGUCAGGCAACACUUGGCUCUCAGAGAUUGUGUCCCUAAUAAUGGCCGACGGAGUGGGAGAUAGAGUGACCGAUCGACCCAUCUCUGAGAGGGUGCCCAACAUUUUCCAUUCACCAAACAAUCAAUUUAAUUAUGAUUUAUUCGAGGGGUUAACUAAUCCCAGAAUUACAGUCAACCAUUUGGAGCUCAAAUAUUUACCACGUUUUGAAGGCAGAGAGGGAAAGAUGAUAUACAUUAUGCGUAACCCAAAGGACGUGUGCGUCUCGUGUUAUCACUUCCAUCAUAUGAUUAAGAAAACUAUAGAUUGGGUUGACUUCAGCCAACUCUUCAUUGACGGACACCUAUCCACAGGCGAUUGGUUG